CUUCAUCUGGGAGGAUCCUCCGUUUGUAAAUAUAGCUACAAUCUAACAAUAUCUGGUUGGCUCAUUGUCCUCCUGCUCUGCUCUGCCCCUGCGCAGCGCACUCCUCCUGCGCAUUCUGUCAACAAUCGAAUACCUCGGGUUGCUCUCAGCUCUCCUGCUUCAGCCUCCAAGACACCAUGGCCCCACGCACAGGCACCCGCGCUGCUCAACCUGGCACGUCGUCUGGGUUGGGUACCCACUUUUCCAGCCCGCAGAAACUCAGAGACAAGCAGAAAACCCAGGUACUUGUUGAAGUACCAGGUCAGAAGGCUAAACAGCGCCAGUUGCUCGCAAAGAUAGCCAGCUUACUUGCAGAUUCGGCGAAGCCUGAAUAAACUUCACCUGUCCUGGCAGGGACAGAAGCAGACACUGUGGUCCUCGAGGAAGACGCUCAUGAGGCUUGGGAAGCAUCCUUGAGCCUCACGACAACUGUCCUCCCCAACCUGCCUCACAAUCCACACCGACUCGUCGUAUCCAGCCUGAUCUCACGUCUACUCGCUUGUAUAACAGCUGGAAAACACUUAUUCCUACCCUGGUCGAGGCCCAGCUAGACUACACUGCGCGGACGCUAGGAGCGCCUCUCGAACGAACACCGAAGGUUCUGUCUUUGUGCAGCUCCCACACAUGCGCACAAAAAUGCACAUCUCUUACAUGUAUCUUUUUUGACCAUUCGUAUGGUAUAUAGCUGAA